GUCUUUACUAUCUCACCCAACGCUCCUGCCUCCUCUGUGUGAGGGUUCUUCAUAUCGUAACGAUGGCUGUCUCGGUACUGGGCAAGCGCCAACGGGGUGCCAUCGAGACAGAAGCUCCUGAGUUGCUACUUCGCAGUGGAAGCAAGCGCCGAGCACAGCCGCCCCGCAUCCGUGAAGAACCCGAAUCCACUGCAGUACAAACACGACAGCUUCGUUCGAGGACAAUCGACAAUAGCAUUGCCGAUCCGCAAAAGAACCGAAGCCCCAAGAUAUUAGAAUCUUCUACGGACCAUACCUCAGACCGCAGCUUAAGGAAAAACAAGAUCGUCUCACCUGUCAAGCUUUCACCAGUCAAGCGCAAUGCUACUACGGAUCCUAUCAAUGACGAAAAUUCAACACCAGUCGAAUUCAAGACUCCUUCGAAGUCGAGAUUUCGGGAUGCACUCGACUCCCCGCCAGUCACACCUAAACACCGCGUUCAGGUUGGCGCCAAACCGUUGACGCCACGUACUCCCCGCCAUGCAACCACUCCUACAACUGCUACCACCGCACAGACUGUCUAUACGCAAGCAAGACAAUUGUUUGUACGAGGCGCAUCAUCUACGCGGAUCGUUGGCAGGGAGGCCGAACGGGAAAAGCUUCGCGAUUUCAUACAGGACAGCCUGAACACUCGCACAGGUGGCUGCUUGUAUGUGAGCGGUCCUCCUGGGACCGGAAAAAGCGCAUUGGUUCAGGAAGUGUGUAAUGAGAUGGACCUGCAAUCAGCCAAGGUUACACAUAUUAAUUGUGCGAGCAUGCGAGCCGCCCGUGAUGUUUACAGCAAGCUUAUCGAGGAUCUUUGCGAUGACUCUGAGGUGUUUAAAAAGAGCGAGGCGGACCGGCUACGAAUGAUGUUCACAUCGAACCAGAAACAGAACGAUCUGUAUUUCGUGACCCUGGACGAGAUUGACCAUCUCCUUACUGCGGACGCUGGCAUUUUGCAGUCCCUAUUCGAGUGGUCUCUACAGAGCGAGUCGAAACUUAUGCUCAUUGGAAUUGCAAAUGCACUUGAUUUAACUGACAGGUCGUUGCCCCAGCUGAAGGCCAAGAAUCUCAAGCCACGUCUGCUCCCAUUUCUGCCUUACAAUGCGGCUCAAAUUGCUGGAGUCAUUACUGGUCGCCUCCGUUCCCUGCUUCCGGAGGGUCACAGUGCAGAUCCGAACUUCAUCCCAUUUGUCCAGCCCGCAGCGAUCCAGCUGUGCUCGAAGAAGGUGGCCUCGCAGACUGGCGACCUACGCAAGGCAUUCGAGCUGAUCAAGCGCGCCAUAGAUCUUGUGGAACAAGAAACCCUACAGAAGCUCGAGAAGCAAGAUGCCGCCUCUGGCACUCAAAACCAAACUAUUCUCGUUGAGAACAAUAAUCUCUCAUCCAUCAGCAAGUGCUCACCAUCUUUCCAGAAGUCUAUGGAGGCCUAUACCCCCCUCACCGCACCACGAGCGAGCAUCGCCCAUGUGGCGCGCAUCACUUCCUCUGCUUUCGGUCAGGGCACCGUGCAAAGACUUCAGGGUAUCAAUCUUCAACAGAAAGCCGCAAUCUGUGUAUUGAUUGCUCUGGAUCGACGCCGUCGAGAGAUAGAAAUCCCGGGUACUCCAUCCAAGAACAAAAAUGUGGCACCCACGGUCAAGCAGGUCUAUGAUGCGUAUUGCGCCCUGUGUCGGAAAGACAAUCUUCUGCACCCUCUCACAUCGACGGAAUUCAAGGAUGUCCUUAGCAAUCUGGAAACCAUGGGUCUCGUGGGCGAUCACCAAGGCCGCGGUCGAGGUGGCACAGUCGCUGGCGGAACCGACAUUCGACGUUCUCCCUCUAAGCAUGGAGCUGGUCCCAUGACUCCUAGUCGAGCGCUGGACGAGCAAUGCCUCGUAUGCUUCGUUUCUCAGAAGGAGAUCGAGAGCCAAAUCGUUGGACCCGGGGAGGGCAUCCUCCGCAGGCUGCUUUUAGGUCAAGCCUAACACUUCAUCAACAUUCUGCAUUUCUGAGCGUUUGGCCACCUGGCCUUCAUUGCAUUUUUGCAUUGCACCGACUUCUUAUGUCUUGGCUAAGGGUGCAUUGGACCCCGUAU